UUAAAAAAAAAAAGGAUAAACCAGAGGGAGGGAGGGAGGAAGGGAGGAUCUAGGGUUUUCCCGGACUUUAUCUUCGGUCCAUUUUUCUCCUCCUCUCGACGACGUCACACACACUGUCCACUCGCCUCGCCGAGGUGCUUUCUUGCUAACCAAAUGACGGCGAAUUAAUUGGCAAUCGGAUUCCUUUUCGUUUUUCUAAACAUUUUCCGGAAGUUACCGAUUCGAUUUCUAAAACGCGGUUCAAUCAAUCUUAUUAGAUACAUAUAUAUAUCUGAGAAUCGGAAGCAACAUUAGUAUUGUGAUUUUGAUUUGUUAAUAUGGGAGGAUCGCAGAAAUCAAAAAGGGUUUCCUGGGCUUCCGAUGUCAAUCUUCGUCAGGUGAGGCUAUUUUUGUCGGAGGAAUCACCUUCACAAGUUGGGACAGGAAUUCAAGAUCAUCUUCAGGCAAAGACAUUAUUGCCUGGACAGCCGGGCGGAGCAGGGUCAGAUGAAAAUUUGCCUCCAGGCUUUGAAGAAAUCCAGCCUGCGAAUCCAUGGGCGGCAAAGCUAUCCCAAAUACCCGUAAUAAAAUGGAAAAGUCCUCCGAGAUUCGAAAUAAACAGUGAUUGGCAUGUAGUUGCUGGGGAAGAAAGCGAAGAAACAGAAACCCAAAAUCAACGAGAAAUAGUCGCCUUGGAAGCCAUUUACCCACGCUCGACUUCCAUCCCUCCAAACCCCUCCGUCUCUGACGACGCCGAAGACUCGACCAUGAACGAGCAGUUCCCCCCUCUGGUCCCCAUCACCGCCGUCGAAGACGAGGACGCAGCAAUAGAUUCAGAUACCCCGCCUGCUGGAGUCGAGCCGGGAGUUGUGGCAGCCGCGGAAGCCGCCCUGUCUUCCUACAUGUCGAGAGGCGAUCAGAGCAACAAUCUGAUCGACCGUGACUUGCUGAUCAAAAUCCUGAGCGACCCCAAAAUGAUCGGGCAACUCGUUGCGAACCAAGCUGCCGCCACAUCAUCAACCACCCUGCCGCCACUGCCGCCGCCGCCCUCCUCCAGCUUCCACGCCGCGCCGGCCAUCGGAACCUCCACAAUGCAGCAGCACAUGGUGCCAGGAUCCCGGCAUUCGCCGUCCCCGACGACAAGUAUCCUCUGCCCGCCGACCACCAGCGCCCCGUAUGGUCCCAACACCCGGAAUCCAGCCAGGCCUCCGGUGACGGGACCUUUUUAUCCUCCAAUCCAUCCCGGGACCGUCUCCAACGUCAGGGCUUCUUCGUCGGAUGCUGUCGCUGCAGCCUCGAGGGACAUCAACUACUACAAAAGCUUGAUUCAGCAGCACGGGAGCACCCAGCCCCUGCCCGUUACGACGACGAGUCAAGAAAUUAAAAUGAGGGAGCCAAAGCCGAAGAUGUCGAAGCCUUGCAUCUAUUUCAACACCCCGAGGGGCUGCCGGAACGGCGCCAACUGCACAUACCUACACGAAACGACUGCUGCCGUUUCGGCGGCGCCGGCGCCGCCGCAGCAGAGGGUGAGUGGCGAAGUUCAGAGUGCAAAGAGAGUGAAAACGGAUAUAUAGAGUUUAUAUGCUCAUCUCCAUCUUCAUCUACUGUGUAGUAUUAUUGUUAUUAUUAUUAUUAUUAUUAUUAUUAUUAUUAUACAUUUUGUCAAGAGUGAUAACUGAUACUUAAAAGGGUUUUCGCACAGAUGAGAUGAGAUGAAAAAUUGAUUAUAUAUUUUGGGAUC